GUGUGCUCAGAUGCCAUGCACCCAGGUGUGCACCCUGAGCAGGGACACAGCAGUGCCUGCGGCAGAAGGGUGCUGGGAUGUUUGGGACCGCAAGGGAGAGGGAUUGGGGCCCAGGUAAGCAGCUGGGUUUGCUCACAGGCUGGGAGGUGGGACAUAGCAGGGGCGGGGGAAAAGGGCUGUGCCCCCAAGGUAUGUCCCUGCACUAUAAAAACUACUUCAGCUGGAUCCAGCGUCAGGGGAAUAAAGCAGCUUCCACCUCUGCUACUGACUCCAAUAGGCUUGUCCAGGCAGGAGGACCCUGAGCAAAGGCAGGACCUGAAGAUGAAUGUCCAGGCACUGACAGUCACCACACUCCUCCUGGUGCUGCUCUGCUCAGCCCCAGCACCAUCUGGGGCACUGGGGAGCCAGGCCGGCAACCUGGAGAGGCAGGCAGGGGCUGGGGGACCUGAAGAAGCCCCUUGGCCACCUGGAGAUGGAAGAGACAAGCUGCCUGGGCAGGGCUCAGAGAGGAAGCACCCUCUGGCCAAUGCAUGGAAAGUGAUGAGGGAGGCACAGCCCAGCUCCAGGUCCCCCAGCAAGGCCAUGGCCAAAGCCCUCCUGGGCAGUGGGGAGCAGGUUCCCCCUGGCAAGCCCUGGAGGCUCCCACUGCAGCCCUCCCGCAGCAGGAUGACGAGGCUGAGCCACCACCUGAAGGACUACGGGAAGUUCAACAGUGAGAAGCACUCCUGCCACAGCAUCCAGUCCCGGCCCUGCCAGAAGCCCUCUGACUGUGGUGGCUGCCUGGGGCUCUACACCUGCAAACUGCCUGCUGGCACCUGCAACCUGAAAUCUGUCUCCAGGCAGAGAGGUGGCUUCCUCCAAAGCAUACAGAGCCCUUAGAUGGGGAGUCAAGCUCAUCUCAGAGCAACACAGCUCAAACUAAAGCUGAAGAGGUUGUCCUGCAGCUGGAGAUCAACACUUCCUGUCCAAGUUUCUUUUUAAAUCCUUAAUGACACAUUUGUAAAUGUUUCUUUCAUUGUACUUCUCAUGCUGCUGCUUUUUAACACUCCCUUUGGAUUUUGUAAAUUAUGUAGGCUUGAUUCCCACUUUCCUGAGAGUGGCCAAUAAAUGCUCUGAGUGGUCAUGAA